AGAGCUGUCAGCAACAACUGAAUUGAGUUUUGUCCCCUUUUUAGGCUAUAUUGAAAAUAAUCAUCGUUCUCAGUCAGCUUGUCAUUCACGGGAGGACUAUAAAUAUCAAGUUUUUUCCAUGUGAUGCAAAUGAGAAUUCCACAUCAGUGGACUGCUCAAACAGACAUCUCAGGCUCAUUCCCCACUUCAAGGCGACCUCCGUAUUGUUCAUGGAUUUGAGUUGGACAAAAAUACAGCACGUUGGCCGUGAUGUUUUUGCCGGUGUUCCAAACCUUAAUGUUCUGAAAUUAAUGGAAAACUGUAAGCCAGGUAGGCUGAGAGCCCCGGAGAAUAGCUUGUGCAAAAUGAAGAUUCACCCUGAAGCUUUCAAGUAUCUACGAAAUCUUACAUCUCUGUAUCUGUCAGGAAACAGCCUCACGUCCAUACCACUGUUACCAGAAAAGCUGCAGCUUCUUGACCUUCAGAAUAACUGCAUAUUCAGCAUUACGGACCCUUUAAACACUCCUUAUCUUGAAACACUCUUGCUUUCUAAGAACUGCUAUUAUGCAAACCCUUGCAACCAAUCAUUUUACAUAAAUGAAUCUAUUUUCAGAGAGCUUCCUAUGCUAAAAAAUCUUACAUUAGGGUAUAAUAACUUGACAUCUGUCCCUAAGGGACUGCCACACUCGCUGAGGAGCCUGGAUUUACGAGAGAACACGAUCACAGAGAUUUUUGAAGGAACGUUUGCCAACUUGACUGUCCUCGAGAGUCUGAAUUUGGAGUGGAACUGUCAGCGAUGUGACCAUGCAGCAAGGCCCUGUUUUCCCUGCCCACACAAUCUUCCUCUACACUUGCAUCCAAACUCAUUUUAUGCCAAGAACAGCUCCAUCACCUUCCUGAGCUUAAGGGGAAAUUCUUUGAAAACAUUUCCCAUUGGUCUUUUUAGACCAUUAAGGAAUUUAAAAACACUUGACCUAUCUGACAACCUCCUGGCAUUUGCCAUACAGAAUGGGACCUUCUUUGGAGAGCUAGAAGGCCUCACCUGGAUUAGCCUUAUCUAUAACUAUGAACCACUGAAGACUUUUCCAGAACUGAUCCUCUCCCCCUCCAUCGGCAACAUAUCUGGUCUUCAUAGCCUUUUGCUGAGUGGUAACUUUUUCCACACAAUCUCAGAGAAAAGCUUUAAAGUUCUGUCCAAACUUCAGAGUCUAACAAAACUGGAACUGAGGAUGAACUUCAUAAGUGCGUGUAACUUUACCUCUCUGAAACUACUACCGUCUCUCACUGCUAUUGACCUCUCCCAGAACAUGCUCAAUUUUCUUCCAUCCUGCUCAAAGUCAUCAUCUGGGUAUGGGAGACAGGACAACUCUAAGAACCGGUAUGGAGACUCUGAACAAGACCAACCUCCCUUUAUAAGAGAUCGAGAGACGACAUCUGUAAUUGACCUAUGGGGAUCCAACCUGUCAAAGGCACCGCCAGUUACAGAGAACACUGCAUUUCAAAUCCCCCCCCUGUGGUACUUUAAAAACAAGUUCUGCAAUCACAAGGUGACAUUUGACCUGUCUCAAAAUGACAUUCUGUCACUUAAUGAGAAAAUGUUUCUGGGCAUGGAAGAUUCCGUUUGUUUAGACCUUUCAUUUAAUUACAUGAGCCAGACGUUGAGAGGGGAACUAUUUAAUGGCAUGAAAAAUUUAGUGGUUCUUAAUAUGUCUUAUAAUAGGCUCGAUCUUUAUCAUAAUAAUGUUUUCAGUGAACUUAAAUCCACUUUGAAGGUCUUAGAUGUUAGUAACAAUGACUUCCAUUUCAAAAUGAGGGGCAUGGGCCACCGUUUUGGGUUCCUUCAGAAUCUGACAAAUUUGGAAGUGCUCAGUCUGGCAAACAAUGGCAUUGGGAUGCGAAUAGAUCAAAGGUUGAUUAGUAGUUCCUUGGAGUACUUCUAUUUUUCUGGAAAUAACCUAAACAUCAUGUGGGGGUCUGAUAACAACAAGUACACCAAUUUCUUCCAGAAUCUGACAAAGUUAAAGUACCUGGACAUCUCUAGCAAUAAACUGAGGUCAGUGUCAUCCGAAGUGCUGUCUAAUCUUCCAGUAAGCAUUAAAGCCCUCAGCAUCAGCAGCAAUUUGCUGAAUUAUUUCCCCUGGCAAAACAUCUCAGCGCUCAGAAGUUUGUGUUACCUGGACCUGAGCCAUAACUUUCUCUUUUAUUUGCCGCCAACGGCAAUAGAAUUUGGAGCCAAUUUUUCCGCUCUGGAUCUCAGUCAUAAUUACCUCAAUUUUAUCCCUGAGAAUUUCUUUAGACAGGCAAAGUCCUUGCAAUACCUGUAUCUCAGUCACAAUCAGAUAAAAGAGCUGAACCACCAGCAUCUUCCCACCCCUUUUAAAAAUGGCAGUGCCCUUGAGAGACUCACACUGCAUGACAACCCUUUUAAAUGUGACUGCGACACCUCCUGGUUUGCUGAUUUUUUGGCCUCUACGACAGUACAGAUUCCUCAUCUGACCACACGUGUUCGCUGUGAAUUCCCAGAGUCCCAGCAGGGUCAGAGUCUACUGUCUAUGGACCAGCGCUCCUGCCAGGACAUAUACGGUAGCAUAGCCUUCCUGGUCUGUUCCUUCUUGGCUGUGACGUGCACGAGUCUUCCCCUUCUGCAGCACCUCUACGGCUGGGAUGUGUGGUACUGCUUGCAGGUGCUCUGGGCAGGACACAAAGGCUACUCACAGCUGCCCGGUAGAGAUUCAUGUCAUCACUACGAUGCAUUUGUUGUGUUCGACACCACAAACCCGGCCGUGAGGGACUGGGUUUAUAAUGAGUUGACCGUUAAUUUGGAAAACUGCGGCCACAGGAGAUUCAGUCUCUGCUUAGAAGAAAGGGACUGGAUACCAGGACUUUCAUGUAUUGACAAUCUGCAUAAUGCUGUGCACAGCAGUGGGAAGACUGUUUUUGUUCUGUCCAGAAAUGGAUGUGAGAUGGUAAAUGGUGUGAUCCGCCAGGCUUUCUUCAUGGUUCAGCAGAGGCUUCUGGAUGAGAAGGUGGAUGCCGCUGUGCUCGUUCUGCUGGAUGAGAUGUUUCCAAAACUAAAGUACCUCCAAAUGAGGAGGAGAUUGUGCAGAAAGUCGGUGCUGUCCUGGCCGAGAAACCCAAUGGCUCAACCAAUCUUUUGGAAUCGAAUGAGAAUAGCACUGUCAUCAGACAAUCUCAAAUUAUACGACAACAAGAUGAGUGAGAGCUUCUUAUGAUGACCACCAUUAUUUUAGCCAGACCUGCUUAGAUUUAUAUGUCUGAGCAAAAAUUAUAUUGUAAUAAUUUUUUUAUGUUCCUAAAUCAG